AUGAAAAAUAGUCUGGUGUAUAUGCACACCAGAGAUAUUGAUAGUGGUACUAUUAAGCUAUCUGACGAGGGGCAUCUCAUGAGAAGGCCAUUAAGACAAUCACAUGGAGGAACAAAAACCGCCUUCAGUCAGUCAGGAGGAGCAGGCUUGUUUAGCAACCCUGUUCAGUACAGCAAGAUAAUUGCGAUGCUUUUGAACAAGGGCAAAGACGCUCAAUCGUCGUGCCGAGUCCUCCAAGAAAAAACGGUGGAGGAAAUGUUCUCGAAUCAAAUUCCACAGUUCCCAAACUACGCACGGAAUCAAGAAUCACCAUGCAAGCUCAGCUUGAUGAGGCACGAAGAUGAGAUGUACCCACAACCAGGGAACCCUCCACAAGGCUGGGGACUAGGGUCAUUUCUACUACUUGAACCGGGAUCUACGGGUCGUGCCGCGGGUUCGGGUUGGUGGAGUGGUCUGUCAAACUUGAUCUGGUGGGCGGAUCCUACAAAUGGAGUCGGUGGGAUACUGGCAACCCAGAUAUUGCCUUAUGGAGAUACCGAUGUCUUUGACUGCCAGAGGCUCAUUGAAGGCGAGAUCUAUCGUAACUUGUUUAAGCAAAGGAAUGGAUAUAACUAA